AUUUUAUUGCAUUUACAAUACGGUCGUCAAAUUUGUCUCUCACUUCGAUUUUCGGAAAGCAGUUUUUGACAGUUUUUGGACGUGAAGUAAAUUAAUCGGUAGUCAAGAUUGAAUAAAAAGGUGAAACUCAGUUAGUGAAUAUGUUUUAGGAGUGAUUAAAUCAAGGAAACAGUGGAAAAAGAUCAAGUGAAAAAUCAAGUGCGUGUGUAUGUGUUUGCUCCGAACGUUCGGAGUUAGUAUGCGUUCGAAAAAAUACGAAUGCCGGCCCAGGAAAAGGCCAGUAUCGACAUAAAAAGUAGAGAGGUUACGGAAUUUCGUUCAAUAUUACCAAAAGGAAUUUUGACAACUGAUCUGCAUGGAGCAAAUUGUCACUUUUACUUACGGAAUAAUCGAGCAGAACAUUUUUCCGAAAGUAAAGUGACAGCUCCCAUUACUUUGCGUGGGAACCUUACAAAUGAUAAUUUUGUUUUUCGUUCUUUUCAUGUGGAUACUGUUGUAAGAAUUUUGUUUCGAUUCUUUACUUUUCCGAUUCAGUGAACGGAAUUUAACAUGUGAUUGAGAUAGAAAAAGAAAUUUCUUUUGAACACGAUACCAACCUAAAAAAGGCAGUUUUCAGCGUUUUUUCAGCAAUUCCUCAGUAAUUGAUAAUUUAGAUAAGUGAAAAAUUAAUAUGAAAAUGCAAUGAAUAUGCUAUGACGGAGCGCAAGUAAAUAAACCCACUGCACACAAGAUACAGAGAACACAUCAGAAUCAGAAUAUCAAAUUUAAAAAAUUGUUUCGAGCUCCCAAAAAAUGGAUCUUCUUGGUUCUAUUCUCGGUGCGAUGGACAAACCACCAUCGCGGGAUAAGAAGGAAAAGGAACUAAUUGAAAAGCAAAAGAAAGAGCUUGAGCAGCACCGGAACAAGGAACGCGACGAGCUGAAUCGCUUCCGCAAGUAUGCCGAGGAACGGCUCGGUCGUCUGGUCAAGGACGCCAAUCGGCACUAUAUGGAGUUCCAACCGUUGGAUAAAGUUCACCGCUCGGUGGUACACGACAUUGCAGAAAUCGGAGGCUUGGCCGCUAUGAGCUUCGGUGUCGAAGGAGUAGAUCGUUACAUUGUAGUUUAUAAGAAAGAACACUUGCCAUCAGAAGAAGAGCUGGCCGUGCGGAGAAAUGGAGAUCCUUGGAAUAAGCAAACGGCUGAAGAGUACACCGAGAAACGCAAACAACAAAAAUUGCUUGACGAGGAGCGUCAAAAACAACCCCUGGACGAGAAGAAAGUUGCUGCACCGGCAACUAACUAUAAGGACAAAUACGUCCAUUUGAUUGGACAGGAUGCGGCGCUGGACGCGGCCAAAAGAACGGAGACCAACAAAAACUACGGCUAUGUUCCCAGUGAGAAUAAGCGCGAUGUCCGCUCGAUCGAACAAACCAUGGCCGACAUUCAGGCGAAAAAGAAACUCAAAACUCAACACCAGAUGGCGCAUGAUGAAUCGAAUGUCGACGACGGCGGUUCGUCCGAGCAGCAAACCUAAAGGUUUGCGAUAUCGAAGCCAAAGAUAAUUUUUGUUUUAAUCUUAGCUUUAGGGCUGCCCUCGUUUGCACAACGAGGCAAUUGAAUUAUUAGUCGAUAGCUUUAUACUUAAAUUGUGGAACUACUUUUAGAUUGUUUUUGUUCGCAAGAGCUCAACGUCCACUGGAGCGAGAGAUUAGGAAUCAAUUUUCAGAUUGCAAUCAACUCAGUUUUUAAAUACAGCAAUAAUAUAUCUUGUAUUAUAGAAUUAGUAGAGUUGACGAACUCACACCUACUGUCAUAAUGUUCUUCCAUAAGUUCAACGCGAAAUACGUUGUAGGAAUUUCAAUUACUUAUUAUAAAUAAAAUAUAGAACUUACUUACAUCGACAAGGAGUCGCAUGUUGAGGCCUCACCA